UACAGCUACCAAAAUGCCUCCCAAUGCCCGCGACGAGGCCGAUGGACGUAUGAAGGACGAGGCCUGCGAACGCCUGAUCGCUCCUCAGGCCUCACCGAUAAAAUACGAGGCCUCCUACAUUAAUAUAGCCAUGUUCACAUAUUUCCAUACGGCCAGCGCUUAUGGGAUAUAUUUGGCGAUCACAGAAGCGAAGUGGGCGACUAUAUUAUUAGCUAUUAUCCUCCACGAGGCAGCCAUAGUAGGAACUACAGCCGGCUCGCACCGCCUCUGGGCCCACAGGACCUACAAGGCCAAACUCCCCCUCCAAAUACUCCUCAUGCUGCUCCAAUCCUUCGCCUGCCAAUACUCUGCCUUCCACUGGGCCAGGGAUCAUAGACUCCAUCAUAAGUUCUGUGACACGGACGGAGACCCUCAUAACGCGACCAGAGGAUUCUUCUUCUCGCAUAUUGGGUGGUUGCUGGUCAAAAAGCAUCCGGAAGCGAAGAAAAGGAUUAAGAGGAUUGAUAUGUCGGAUCUUAUGGAGAAUAAGGUGUUGAUGUUUCAGAAAAAAUAUUCAACCUCAUUCAUCGGUACCAUCUGCUUCAUCUUACCAACCAUCUUCCCCAUGUACUUCUGGAACGAAACCUUCGCCUCAGCAUGGCACCUGACCAUCCUUCGAGUCUUAAUAUCCCUCCACGUCACAUUCCUGGUCAACAGCGCUGCCCACGCCUUUGGUAACAAACCUUAUGACAGAAACAUCACACCUUCGCAAAGCAUCUCAAUAUCUCUAGCAACUUUAGGGGAAGGAUACCACAAUUUCCACCACGUUUUCCCCUGGGACUAUAGAGCAGCAGAACUGGGUAAUAAUGCUGUGAACUUCACAACACUUUUCAUAGAUUUUUUCGCCUGGCUUGGUUGGGCGUAUGACUUGAAAACUGUUGGAAAUGAUGUCAUAGCUAAGAGGGUGGAGAGGACUGGAGACGGGACUAAUCUUUGGGGGUGGGGGGAUAAGGAUAUGCCUAAGGAACAUGAGGAGAUUGCUAAAGUGUUGAGUAAAGGAGAUUGAAGAUUUAGGCUGUCGGACCCAGUUGGUAAAAACAGAACUCGAUUACAGAUUUCGAGACACAAAUCU